CCUUGGCCUUGCGUGGAGCGGCGAGAGGAACUCGUGCAAUAUGAAAACGAUGACGGGAUCAAACGAAUUUAAACUAAAUCAAACUCCAGAUGAUGGUAUUUCAUCAGUAAAGUUUAGUCCAAAUACAUCUCAGUUUCUGCUUGUUUCAUCCUGGGACACAACCGUCCGGCUCUAUGAUGUUCCUGCCAACACCAUGAGACUCAAAUAUCAACAUUCAGGAGCUGUCCUUGACUGUGCUUUUUAUGAUCCUACCCAUGCCUGGAGUGGAGGAUUAGAUCAGCAACUGAAAAUGCACGAUCUAAACACGGACCAAGAAAACCUUGUUGGUGCUCAUGAUGCUCCUAUCAGGUGUGUUGAGUAUUGCCCAGAAGUGAAUGUCAUGGUAACUGGAAGCUGGGAUCAAACGGUUAAGCUGUGGGAUCCCAGAACUCCUUGUAAUGCAGGAACCUUCUCCCAACCUGAAAAGGUCUACACGCUUUCUGUGUCUGGAGAUAGACUAAUUGUGGGGACGGCAGGUCGGAGAGUGCUGGUGUGGGAUUUGCGGAACAUGGGUUAUGUUCAGCAGCGAAGAGAAUCCAGUCUGAAAUACCAGACCCGCUGUAUCAGAGCGUUUCCGAAUAAACAGGGUUAUGUUUUAAGUUCUAUUGAAGGUCGUGUUGCAGUGGAAUAUUUGGAUCCGAGUCCAGAAAUCCAGAAGAAGAAAUAUGCAUUCAAAUGUCACCGUUUGAAGGAAAAUAACAUUGAGCAGAUUUAUCCAGUUAAUGCUAUUUCUUUCCAUAAUGUCCACAACACAUUUGCUACAGGAGGUUCUGAUGGAUUUGUAAAUAUUUGGGAUCCAUUUAAUAAAAAGCGGCUGUGUCAGUUCCAUCGGUAUCCCACAAGCAUAGCGUCACUUGCCUUCAGCAAUGAUGGAACUACCCUUGCAAUAGCUUCUUCAUAUAUGUAUGAAAUGGAUGACAUUGAACAUCCUGAAGAUGGUAUCUAUAUUCGCCAAGUGACAGAUGCAGAAACAAAACCUAAGUGA